AUGGCCUCUCGGCUUGACCGACUCGUUACCAUCCUCGAAACCGGCAGCACCCGACUAAUUCGGGACACCGCUGUCAACCAGCUUGCUGACUGGCAAAAACAACACCCCGAUGAGCUCUUCAACCUUUUAACUCGGGUUGUCCCUUACCUCCGGCACAAGGAUUGGGAAACCAGAAGCACCGCCGCCAAGGCGAUAGGCAAAAUCAUUGAAAACGCCCCCCUUUAUGACCCCAAUGCGGACGACGCGUUCCCCCCAGGGGAGGACGCAAAAGCGGAGAACGGAUUCGUCAAGAAGGAAGAGCAAAGGGACUUCAUUCUCGACCAGGAGGAAUAUUUUACCCUUGGCACCCUUGACAUCUCCGCCAUCCUCAAAUACGGCCGGCCGCUGCUCCGUGGCGGCACAGUGGACCUCGCGCUCGCCGCCCUAGAUCCGCAGAAGCGGUUGGCUCAUCAACAAAAAACACUCAACGGCCGCCUUGGGCUUCUUGGCCGGGUAUUCGAGGAUGACGAGCUGCCCGUGAUCGCAGAGCCUGCAACCAGCCCUGAAGUGUUGCACGACGCCACAGGCAACACGAACGGCUUUGGGCGGCCAGAUACCCUAGUCAACGAGCUCCAGGGCCAAAUCCAGGACGAAGCGAAGUUGAGCACCCGGCAACUAAAUGUCCUCAAGAGGAAACGCAAGCGGGAGGCUCAGAAGGCCGCCCAAGGGAAAAGUGGGUUUGGCGACCUCAGCCUCCGGCGGACGACGACCGCGGGAUCUGACGGAUUCGACGACACUGCCGUACCCGAUGCUGACCCGAAGAAGAACGGCAAGAUGUCGGACUACUUCAGCCUCGAUCGGCCUAGCGACGUGGAUGAAGACUCCAAGGUGGUGUCCGAAUUUAAAGGCCCAAUUCUUCCCAUCAAAUCGGAGCUGGAGGUGGACCAAGACAUGGAGGGCGCCGAAUGGCCAUACGAGCGGCUGUGCGAAUUCCUGAAGAUUGAUUUGUUCGACGCCCAGUGGGAAACACGCCAUGGUGCCGCCAUGGGUCUACGGGAAAUCAUUCGGGUUCACGGGGCCGGCGCCGGGCGGCGCCGUAACAAAUCGCGCAAGGGCAACACGGAGCUCAACCGUCAGUGGUUGGAUGACCUGGCCUGCCGCCUCUGCUGUGUGCUCAUGCUCGACAAGUUUACCGACUACAGCUCCGACACGUCGGUAGCCCCGAUUCGAGAGACAGUUGGCCAGACCCUUGGAUCAGUUCUCCGCCACAUUUCUGCGCAGUCAGUUUACGCAAUCUACCGAUUAUUAUAUCAAAUGGUGAUGCAAGAAGAGCUACAGCUGGAACAGAACGUCUGGGCCGUCUGCCACGGAGGCAUGGUGGGCCUGAGAUAUGUUGUUGCCGUGCGUAAGGACCUUCUGCUCCAAGACGGGGACAUGAUCGACGGCGUCAUCCGCUCUGUCAUGAAAGGUCUUGGCGAUAUCGAUGACGACGUCCGUUCAGUCAGCGCUGCCACCUUGAUCCCAAUGGCUAAGGAGUUUGUGACGAUGCGGCGUGGAGCACUCGACGGCCUCAUCAACAUCGUCUGGGAAAGUCUCUCGAAUCUGGGCGAUGACUUGAGCGCCUCAACUGGCAAGAUCAUGGACUUGCUUGCGAACCUCUGCAGCUUUCCCGAGGUCUUGGAAACCAUGAAACUCUCGGCUUCGCAGGAUGAGGAGCGAUCUUUUACUCUCCUCGUUCCCCGGCUUUACCCAUUCUUGCGGCACACCAUCACGUCGGUGCGACUUGCCGUGUUGAAGGCCUUGAUGACUUUUGCAAACCUUGGCGGCGAGACGUCUCAAGGUUGGCUCAACGGGAGGAUAUUGCGUCUUAUAUUCCAGAAUAUCCUGGUCGAGAGAGAUCAAGACACGCUCAACAUGUCUCUGGAGUUAUGGGCUGCGCUUGUCCGUAAUCUUGCUCAGGACCCAACCAUUCUCGCCGACGAAUUCGAGGCACACGUGGAGCCCCUCAUGCAGUUGACGCUCCAUCCCAUCGGCGUCCCGCGGCAUCCCAUCCCCAUGAACGGAACCCUUUUCCUAAAGCCAUCAGGCGGAACAUACUCUUUGCCUAGCCUUGUCCCCGUCGCAAGCAGGCGGGCAUCGCCCCCUGAAGGCGAGAGAGCCACGAAACGGCGCAGAAAAUCUACCAAGGUGGACGACGUCCCCGCGAGCACGCAGAGCCACGACGUUGAUGGCCACAUGAUGCAAGGCGAUGUUGACCUGGUGGGUAUGGAUGUCCUAGUCCGCUCCCGUGUCUCCGCCGCCAAGGCCAUGGGCCUUAUCAUGUCCUUCAUCCCGACCCCUAACCUGGGUUUGUAUGACAACAACGUCCUGCAAGGCCUUGUUUCUCCGUUCGCGUCGACUCAGCUUUCGGCCUCCAUGGUUAUUGGCGAGUACGCGAAUAAUUGCUCAGCGAGUAGUGCAGCCGCACGGUUUGUGGAUCCCCUGCAGAAGAUGAUCGACCAGGAGCGGCCAUCUCAUUAUCGGGAUUUGGUGAGCUAUGUCCACAGGGUACGCUCGCAGUCGCAACAGCUCAUCAACCUCUUCCGUGAUCACGGCAAAAUCUCUCUCAACAAGCUCCCGACGCUUGCUGUUGUGGUUCAAGGCGAGCCUGAGGCAGGUCCAGGCGCAUUCUCCGUCGCAAACGCGGAGAAGGUCGUGGCCGAUGAUUUUGACAAACUCAAAAAGGCCAUGGCGCCUGGACAGCGGCUGAUAGCGCUUCCUCAACUCAACGAGGCUCGCGACAUAACUAUCUCUGCGAUUGAGGAGGCAAAGGCGGCCAAGGAAGCUCGUGAUGCCCGCAUCCGCGCCGCGGCCGCUUGCGCCUUGGUCGCUAUGAAGAUUCUGCCCAAGAAACCUAGUCCCCUCAUCAAGUCCAUCAUGGACAGCAUCAAGACGGAGGAGAAUCAAGAGCUGCAGGGCCGCUCCGCCGCGACAAUUGCGCGCCUUGUGCAGCUAUUUACCGAGUCGGGCCGCCGCGGCCCAGCCGACAAGGUAGUUGCGAAUUUGGUCAAGUUCUCCUGCGUCGAGGUUGCGGAAACCCCCGACCAAGUUUGCGCGAGAAGCAAAAGGCCCGCCCGCAUCACCCGCCGUGGCGCCAAGGAAGCGCUGGAGAUACUCUCGCAGACGUUUGGCUCUGAUCUCCUGACCCGCGUCCCGAGCCUGCAGGCCUUUAUGGAGGAGCCUCUCGUAAGAGCCUUCUCCGGUGAACUGCCGCCGGAGGCCAGGAAUCCGGAGCACACCUUUGGCCAAGAGAUCGUCGAUGCCAUGUCUGUGAUCCGGACGAUGGCCCCGACAUUGCACUCAGCCCUCCAUCCUUUCGUCAUGCGGCAGAUGCAUUUGGUGAUCAAGGCCCUGCAAUCCGACUUGUCCGUCUUCCGUUACAUGGCGGCCAAAUGCGUGGCGACUAUCUGCAGCGUUAUCACGGUCGAGGGCAUGACGGCGUUGGUGGAAAAGGUUUUGCCGACGAUCAGCAACCCCGUGGAUCUCAACUUCCGCCAGGGCGCGAUCGAGGCCAUCUACCACCUUAUCGCCGUCAUGGGCGAUGCCAUCCUGCCCUACGUCAUCUUCCUCAUCGUGCCCGUGCUGGGUCGGAUGAGCGACUCGGACAACGAGAUCCGCCUGAUUGCCACUACCUCGUUCGCGACCCUAGUGAAGCUGGUUCCGCUCGAAAACCGGUAUACCCGACCCCCCUGGCCUGUCGGAGGCGCUCAUGUGGGUGGAUUCCGCGACCGGGAGCGCACCGUUCUAUCGCCCAAUCUGUUGGAUCCCAACAAGUUUGAGCCCUUCCAAAAAUCCCCUGUGGCCAUCAAGGCCGAACUUCGCUUCUUACCAACCAAGAGGGUGGUCAACUGGCUUCACUUUCUCAACAAGUACCACCUGCACGGUAUCCUUUGCGACGACAUGGGCCUCGGCAAGACUCUGCAGACCAUCAGCAUGGUAGCCAGCGACCACCAUCAGCGCGCCGAGGAGUUCGCCAGGACGGGAGCGCCUGACGUCAGGAGGCUCCCCUCUCUAGUUGUCUGCCCACCCACACUCUCCGGGCAUUGGCAGCAGGAGAUCAAAGCGUACGCCCCGUUCUUGAGCGUCACAGCUUAUGUCGGUCCCCCAGCCGAGCGCAAGGCCAUGAAGGACAGGCUAGACAAGACCGACAUUGUGAUCACCUCUUACGACGUAUGCCGGAACGAUAUCGACGCUAUUGAGAAGUACAACUGGAACUACGUUGUCCUCGACGAAGGCCACUUGAUCAAGAACCCGAAGGCAAAAAUCACGAUGGCGAACAACGUCCUGGAGCUCUGGUCUCUCUUUGACUUCUUGAUGCCAGGCUUCUUGGGCGCGGAGAAGGUCUUCCUAGACCGGUUUGCGAAACCGAUCGCGAACAGUCGUCACAGCAAGUCUUCGUCGAAGGAACAGGAAGCAGGCGCGCUCGCCAUCGAGGCGCUUCACAAACAGGUGUUACCUUUCCUCCUGCGGCGUCUCAAGGAGGAGGUGCUCAACGAUCUGCCGCCCAAGAUCCUCCAGAAUUACUACUGCGACCUCAGCGACCUGCAGCUGAAGCUGUUUGAGGACUUCACCAAGAGAGAAGGCCAGAAACUCUCAGAGCAGGCCGGCAAGGAAGACAAGGAAGCCAAGCAGCACAUCUUCCAGGCGCUGCAGUACAUGCGCAAACUCUGCAACUCGCCGGCGCUCGUUAUGAAGCCGGGCCACAGAUCCUACGAAGAUACGCAAAGGUUCUUGGCCAAGCAAAACACGAGCCUCGAGGACCCGGCGCACGCGCCCAAGCUGACGGCGCUGCGGGAUCUUCUCGUCGACUGCGGCAUUGGUACGGAGGGGCAGGAUUCAUCGGACCCACUGUACACGCCCAUCAAGCCGCACCGGGCUCUCAUCUUCUGCCAAAUGAAAGAAAUGCUCGACAUGGUCCAGAACACGGUUCUGCAGAAGAUGCUUCCGACAACGCAAUACCUCCGGCUGGACGGAUCAGUGGAGGCGAACCGGCGGCAAGACAUUGUCAACAAGUUCAACAGCGACCCGUCGUAUGACGUGCUGCUGCUGACGACGAGUGUGGGCGGCCUGGGGCUGAACCUCACGGGAGCCGACACGGUCAUCUUUGUGGAGCACGACUGGAACCCGCAAAAGGACCUGCAAGCUAUGGACCGGGCCCAUCGUAUCGGGCAGAAGAAGGUGGUCAAUGUUUACCGGCUGAUCACGCGCGGUACACUCGAGGAGAAGAUUCUCAGCCUGCAGCGGUUCAAGAUCGACGUAGCCAGCACGGUGGUGAACCAGCAGAACGCAGGUCUAGCGACGAUGGACACGGAUCAGAUCCUCGACCUGUUCAACCUCGGCGAGUCGGGACCCAACCUGAUAGCGGAGAAGGGCAAGGAGGCUAUUGAAGGGCGGGAAGAGGACAUGGUGGACAUCGAGACGGGCGACGUCCGACAGCCUGGCAAGAAAGCGGCGUGGCUCGAGGGCUUGGGGGAGCUCUGGGAUAACACGCAGUACGAGGAGAGCUUUGACCUGGAUGGUUUCCUGAAGACCAUGCAGUAA